AUGAGAACGUCCAAAAUCUUUUUCAUCUGCUUGCUGGUCACCAUCCUCAUCAUUCCGUUGUUCCUGCUGCUCUGUCUCAUCUACUACCGACACGUCAGACUCAAGAUGGCCAAGAGUAACAGCAAUUUGGUGCCAAGCAAAGCCAGCCGAACAUCGCUAAACAAUUCAAGGACGCGUCUCAACAGUUCGCAGAGGAAAGCAAACAAUCAAAAACCACAAUCAACACUCACUCCAUCCAACAGCAACAACAGCAGCAGCCACAGCUACCAGCAGCACCACUACAGCCACAACAACAACAGCACUGACGAAUACAAAGAUAGUAUCAGUCUUGGCGGAACAUUGAACAGAAGCACAGACAAAACACUUUUGAAGCUCACCCUUUCCAGACAGCAUUCCUUACAACAUCAGCAGAAAAAAAAUUCCUUGAAACGCCAAAGAACGACAUUUUCUGUCGAUAUGAACAGUGAUUCACAAACGACAUCCUCGCCACUAAUACUACCACUAAACGCGGACCACAACGAGACGCAACCACAAAUACCACAACCACAAUUACCACAACUAGAAGUACCAGAAUUACAAGUACUACAACUACAAAUACCACAAAUACUCCAACCACAAGUACGACAAUAUCCUACACAAGAAAAUGAACAGUUAGCCCUAUCACAUCAACCGUUACCGAAAACGGACGAGGUUGGGAUGAAUUUGCCGCGGAAAUCAGAGCUUCAGUCAGACGGGAAACUUGAGAAGAAUAAUUUGGAGGGUGACAAUGAAAAUGUAAAGGAAAAAGACACUAAUAUCACCAUCAACUUCGAAGUGAAUGAUCAUAAUGAGGAAUGUGAAAUUAACGCUGACGAUGUUGAUAAGGAGGGGGAUGAAGCUGGUGCUGAGGUGUGGGGGAACCCUGCAGCAAAAUAUGGAACAGUUAAUGAGAACAAAAAUAAAAAGGCUGAUACAACCAACAAAAACGACUGUUCAGCUGGUGACGAAUGCACCGCUGAAAAUGAAAACCAAACUGAUAUAAAUAAGAAAAAAGAAAUGAAAGGUAACGAGAUCACUAAUGAAAGGGAUGGUGGCUCAUUCCUUGAGGACCCCACGCCUGAGUACGUCAUUCAAAUUGAGAGGUUCGAUAUGCCUAAUGGCGGGAGACCACUGAUAAAUGAGGAAGCCACUAAUGUUCCUGCUUCGAUUCCAUUCUAUUUCGUUUGA